AUGAAGAGUCCCCCUCAUGACCUGGCGCAAUUUUUGUGGUCCGUAAAGCAUCGGCGUUCUCACAAUAGUGUGAUUGCUGUCAACAGUGCUGCUACCCAUGAUGAUGGCGAUGACCACGGGGAUGACGUCAAUCAUCCCGAGGACGAUGAUGAUGAUGAUGACGAUGAUGAUGGCGAUGAUCAUGCUGGUGAUGAUGGUGAUGACGAUGAUGAUGCCGGUGAUGAUGAUGAUGAUGAUGAUGAUGAUGACGAUUAUGAUGAUGAUGAUGGUAAUGAUGGUGAUGACGAUGAUGAUGAUGAUGAUGAUGAUGAUGAUGAUGAUGAUGAUGAUGAUGAUGAUGAUGAUGGUGAUUACAACGCUAAUGAAGGUCGAUGGUCGACGAUUACGACAAUGGUGUUGAUGAUAAUCAUGUGCCAAUGGCCCAGUCACGCCCUCAAUGGCGAUCAUGCAUCCAAUCUAUUGCCUUCAAUGCAUAGCUCCUUCCGCAACCUCCCACGUAAAAGUACACUGUCAAUCAUGCAAUUACGCACCAAUUUAUCAGCUGCCGCCUCCAAUGCGCAACUACCUACCCCACCUCCUCAAAUCAUUGGCGAACGAAACUGUGCCAGCUACAACCACAGUAUGACAAAUACGCAGUUUCUUACAGCUCAUGAUGGUGAUGAAGAUAAUGUUCAAAUGUGA